AUGAUCUACACAUACUCCAGCUGUGGACCCAUGAUCUACACAUACUCCAGCUGUGGACCCAUGAUCUACACAUACACCAGCUGUGGACCCAUGAUCUACACAUACUCCAGCUGUGGACCCAUGAUCUACACAUACACCAGCUGUGGACCCAUGAUCUACACAUACUCCAGCUGUGGACCCAUGAUCUACACAUACACCAGCUGUGGACCCAUGAUCUACACAUACUCCAGCUGUGGACCCAUGAUCUACACAUACUCCAGCUGUGGACCCAUGAUCUACACAUACACCAGCUGUGGACCCAUGAUCUACACAUACUCCAGCUGUGGACCCAUGAUCUACACAUACUCCAGCUGUGGACCCAUGAUCUACACAUACUCCAGCUGUGGACCCAUGAUCUACACAUACUCCAGCUGUGGACCCAUGAUCUACACAUACUCCAGCUGUGGACCCAUGAUCUACACAUAUAUCAGCUGUGGACCCAUGAUCUACACAUACAACAGCUGUGGACCCAUGAUCUACACAUGCACCAGCUGUGGACCCAUGAUCUACACAUACUCCAGCUGUGGACCCAUGAUCUACACAUACAACAGCUGUGGACCCAUGAUCUACACAUAUAUCAGCUGUGGACCCAUGAUCUACACAUACAACAGCUGUGGACCCAUGAUCUACACAUAUACCAGCUGUGGACCCAUGAUCAAUGAUAUGGAUGGACAGCUGACCCAUGUCAGCUGUCCAUCCAUAUCACAGACAAUUGAUGGCUUGGAAAUGCCGCGUUUGACCCCGGAUGGCGGUCCUGCGGUGAAAGCAUGUCUCGCGAGAGUGUUGGGUCAGGACUGA